GCCUGUCGGGGUAGGGCACUUUUCUUUUUCUUUUUUCUUUUUUUUUUUUGUCAUCCUCCGCGUCAGUGGAGACUUUCAGCACAGCAUCAGGACGUGGAAAGGUCGGCGAAGAUUUCAGAGAUAGAGAUUUUCCGGUGUGUCUCCGUCUCGAGCCUUGUCAUAGAGUAUAAAAAGAGUAGGAGAUGGAGGUUUUUGGAGCGACUUUUUUACCGAGCAAGUUCACCAGCUGUAGAGAACCAUGGCCAUGUCCGCGGUCACACUCACUCUCUUUGGCUUUUUCUUCUAUUUUUCGACGUUGACAGAUGCUACGACAGAAGAGCCCAGAGUGGAACUCCUCACCCAGUACAAUGAUGUUUUGUUGGGAAGCACAGUGUUGUUGUUCUGCAGAGCUAAUAAAGCUACGACAUUCACAUGGGUGAAGGACGGAGAAGAACUUGAGGAGGGCAUAGACAGUGAAGAUGAAAAGAGUAAGCUGACUUUGGAGAAUGUCAAGCUAUCAGACAGCGGAAACUACACGUGCCAUGGCGAAUUUGAUACCACUGAACACGAGCAAAUCAUCAGCAUAUAUGUCUACGAGACACCAUCCUUCAGUACAACUCAGACAUACCACGAGUUUUUGGUCAACAAUACAGCGCACAUUCCAUGCCUGGUCACUGGGAAGCCCGAAGUGGAGACCAACUGGUUUUGGAAUGGUUACCGUGUAGUAAAUAACGACACAAGUAAUCUCAACGUGCUACCCAAUGGGACACUGCAGAUUACGAGCAUUCAGAGGGAGAAUCACGGCACCUACGUCUGCCAGGGAAAAAUCAAAGGACGGCCCAAAUAUGAGACUCUGAACAUCUCUGUUGUUGUAAAUGCUCCACCAACUGUCAUAGUUCGUGGUCCGAAGACAAAGAUUGUUGCUGGACCACAACAAAGUUUCAGUUUGUCUUGCUUGGUUACAGGAGCACCCCGUCCAAAUAUUACCUGGGAAACGCCUGACACAUCCGAUUCCUCUCGCUACAUAUACAACUCAGACAAGAGUAAACUCACCAUUCCAGGUGUGACCAGAGGUGACUCUGGAAAAUACGUUUGUACCGCUGUGAAUAAAAUUGGAGAGGACAGUGCAACAUUCGCCCUAGAUGUUUUAGAAAUUCCAGCGGUGAGCCUGAGCAAGAGUAUGGUUGUGAAGCCUGGGGACUCAGCAUCUGUCGUCUGCAGUGCUACUGGACAUCCCAAACCCACCAUACAGUGGCUGAACAAGAGCAAUAAAGGUGUCAUGUCGUCUACCGGUCGGGUGAGAGCCGUGGCAUCGCAGCUUCAGAUUGAGAAUGUUGGGCCUUCUGAUGGUGGUGUGUAUUCCUGCAAAGCCACCAACGAGGCAGGCAGCAAGUCAGAGAAUUUCAUGCUAAUGACCUCUCCAGAAGUACCAACAUCCUUCAUUCUGUCACCUGGACCCUCGGCGUUCAGCAUAAAGCUACAGAAACCUGUCCUGGAUGGUGGUUCUCCCAUUACUCAUUACACCAUCCAGUGGAAAAACAAAUCACAGGAAGACUGGAAUGAGAUUACAACCCCAACCCCAUAUUCUGAUUCACUGGAGGUCAGAAACCUGGAGCCGUACACCGAAUACUUUGUCCGCUUUGCUGCUAAAAACAAGCAUUUUCUUGGAGGCUUUUCUACUGAAGAGAGUAUUCGCACUCUGGCCAGACAGGGGGAGCCAGACGUACCUGUACUGUUAGCAGACGAGGGGAAGAUAGAGAAAAACACCUAUUCAGUUCCAUUCAAGCAGCUCAGCGAUGGAGGCUCUCCCAUUACAUAUUAUGUUGUGCGCUACCGAAUGACGAAGGAAGGUGAGCCCUGGAGAGAAAAGGAAACAGAGGCAAACUCCAGUAACAUUCACCUCCAGAAUCUUGAGUAUGACACUAGCUAUGAGGCAGAAAUCUUUGCUGUUAACAUUAAUGGCCUCUCCAAACCAGAAAAAGUCUAUUUCACCACCCCGCAAGCCCCGCCCAGCCUGGGCAAAGGCGGUGUAGUGGCCAUAGUGUUGGUCGUCUUCCUGUUGAUGUUGCUGGGGGUUGAUGCUUUGUGUUGCUACACAAAUCACUGUGGCAUGAUCAACUUCUUGGCCCAAAAACUGUUUGGCCCCAACGUGUCUGAAUCGAAAAGUAUGGAGGAGGGUGUGUUUAACAACGUUGCUGUAACCAUGAACGGGCUCGACAAACCGAGAGGUAGCAUUCCAAAACUCCAGCCUCAAAACAAGACGGGAAACGGAGUGCGGUCGGACGUCACUUGCGACAAAGCGCCUCUCACCAAAUUUGAGAAAGAACCAGCCAAGGCUGAAGCAGUCAAUGAAGCACGAUUGUAAAAUUGUUUCUUGACAUCCAACCAAAAUGACAAGAAAGGCUUCAGGAAUGCAGAUUUCUGCCUUCCUGGUGCAUAUAAUGCAGCUAAACACCACCACCAACAACAACAACUGUAGAAAAUUGUAUUAUAUUUUUUGUGUGAAUUGCAAGUUAUGAUAAAAACUUUGCUGCGCUUAAUAGUAUGUGAUUGCACUGAUUAUGACAUUAACAGGGUAAAGAAUGGAAAUGUAGCUUUUGAUAAAUACGAUCAAUUUUGUAGAUAACUGUGUACAGGAUGUUCUGAGCUAUAUCUGUACCAUGAGGGUCCAUAUUCUUUUAGCAUGCUGUAAUGUCUUAAAGCAAUCAUUAUGGGAGGAUAUUAUUUGACACUGAUGAUCAGACACUUUUUCUGGCGUUAUUAUCAUCACUAAUUUAUUUGAUAUAUUUUGGCAUGAAUAGCUAGAAUUAAUGUAUUAUUAUGGUUAUGAUAAUCAUUUGUUCUUUUCUGCAUGAAUUAUAUUGCCAAAAGCUUACAGUACAUGUGUUUGAUAUAGACUGUAAGCAGUACUGUAUAUUUGUGUAAAUACAUUUUUUUUUG